UUAGUUUUUUCCUUCUGGAACUUCCGGUCUGUUGUCUCUCAUCUCUCUCCUCUAUCUCCAUAUCUCUCAUUCUUAUCAUUCCGUAUUUGAGAGAACCUUCUAGAACCUCUAAACACAAAGAACACACACUCUUUCUCUCUCACGUUUGAAAUCCCUACGGACUCUUUCUGGAUUUGGGGAAAUCUCGUUGUUGGUUGGUGAAAACUGAAAAGAUUGCGUUAAGACAGAAAGUUAUUUUCGAAUGUUUUAGAUUUGGUUUAAUGGUUCCGAAUGCGUCUAGUUUUGUCUGUAAUUCAGAUCUCAUGAUUAAAAGUCUCUUCAAGCAACAACAAGAACCAAAUUAAAAAAAAGAAGCCCAUUUUCAUUGGUAGAUAGAUCCAUCUGCUCUUUUUCCAUCGGCAGUUUCUGAGGUGUGUGUGGAUCUAGAACACAUGCCGGGGGAACAAACCGGAGAAACCGCGACGGUUGCCGGAGGUGGUUGUAGCGCCGGAAAUAGUGGCGGAAGCAGUGGCGGCGGCGGGGGCGGAGGAGGGACAGAUUCGCAGAGGUCAAUACCGACGCCGUUUUUAACGAAAACGUACCAGCUUGUGGACGAUCCGGUUUACGACGAAUUGAUUUCGUGGAACGAAGACGGAUCAGCAUUCAUCGUAUGGAAACCGGCCGAGUUCGCGAGAGAUCUUCUCCCGAAAUACUUCAAACACAACAACUUCUCCAGCUUCGUCCGACAGCUCAACACUUACGGAUUUCGAAAAGUGGUUCCUGACCGUUGGGAGUUUUCAAAUGAUUGUUUCCGGAGAGGUGAGAAGAUUCUGCUUCGUGAUAUUCAACGCCGGAAAAUAUCUCAGGCGGCAGCGGCUGCGGCCGCUGUUCCGGUGUUAGCUCACGUUGUCUCACCGUCUAACUCUGGAGAAGAGCAGGUGAUUUCGUCUAACUCGUCGCCUGCGGGUACAGGAGGAGGAGGAGGAGGAUCUGUUGGUGUGGUGGCUCUGCAGAGGACGACGAGCUGCACCACCGCGCCGGAGCUGAUGGAGGAGAACGAGAGGUUGAGGAAGGAGAAUGUACAGUUGAGUCAAGAGCUGACAAAGCUUAAAGGGUUGUAUUCGAAUAUCUACAAGCUGAUGUCGAAUUUCACGUCGGGUCAAGCGGAUUGUGCGAAACCGUUGGAUUUAAUGCCGGGGAGACAAGAGAUGAGGGACGCCAUAGAAACAGGGAUUGGUCUGAAGCUUGGUGAGGACGUGACUCCGAAGUUGUUUGGUGUUUCUAUUGGGGCAAAGCGGGCUAGAAGAGAUGAAGAGUUGGGUACUGCAGAGGAAGAGGAUGAUGAGCGACGAGAAACAGGUAACCAAGAGGAAGAACAAGGCUCCGAUGCUAAGUCAGAGCCAAUGGAGGAGAAAAACUCUGAUGACCACAAUGGGCCAUGGCUUGAACUUGGAAAAUGA